GUGUCGUCCGGUUGUCUUUGUCUGUCCGGCAGAAGGUGGUGUGGGCGAAGCGGGGAGGCUGCGGAGGGCGGGCAGGAGGAGAAAGGGGGAAGGGCGGGCGGGAAGGGGAGGAAGAGGGAAGGGAGGGCGGGCAGGGGAGAAAGAGGGAAGGGAGGUUUGGAAGUGUGAAAGCGACGCUGUCACUGUUCAAAGUGAGCGGAAGAUAGGCUUGGUGAAGCUUCAGGAGAGACCUCGGGCAGCAAUGGCAGUGUGCGGCGCUGUCACAGCAGGUGCGGCAGUGGGACAUGUGGUGGUCCCGAGAGAUGUGUUUAACGAUGUGAGAGACAGCCCGGCCCAGCGGUCGUCGACGUCGCGCAAUGCUGCUUUGCCUAUGCCUAUGAUCUGCGGCUCCAGGAAGGGCCCGAGGUCAAGAUAUGUAUGCAGAUCUGGUCAUUACACCAAACACGUGUGCAUCUUCAGUGGGGAAGAGAGAUCUUUUGGCGGGACGAGAGCCGUUGGAUGGAGGACAUCCUGUUUAAGGGGGAACGUCAGCGAUCUGGGAAGAUGGAGGGGGGUCUCUUUGUUAUCUUCUUCUAGCAGGACUGCUGAUCGCAGAAUGGGAGCCGGGAUCCGGAUGUCUCUCCCAUCGGCAACGAAGACUGUUUCGAAGGAUUCACCAGUCAGAUGGUCUGCCAGAUCCAUCAAGUCGUUCAGCAUGGCGGAAUUGGAGGCCCGGAAGCUGAAAUACCCCACAACAGGGACGGAGGCGCUGCUCAUGGGUCUCUUGACUGAAGGGACGAGCACUGCGGCACGGUUCUUGAGGGCAUAUGGGAUUACGCUAUUCAAAGUGAGGGAUGAGACGGUAAAGCUGCUUGGCAAGGCGGACCCCUACUACUUCAGCCCGGAGCACCCACCUCUGACGGAGUACUCGCAGAAAGCGCUGGAUUUUGCAGUCGACGAGAAGGAAAAGCAAGGUGAGGAUGGAGAGGUGCUGACUGCGCACAUGCUGUUAGGCAUCUGGGAGCAGAAGGGUUCGGCCGGUCAGCGGAUUCUCCUGCAGCUGGGAUUCUCCGAGGCUAAGGCAGAUGAGCUUAGGAAACUGGUGAGCACAUCUCAACUGCAUCUGACCUGAUCUGUGGGAAAUAUUCAUGUAUUUUUUGUAGCCACCAACGGCGCCUAGCUCAGUUGGUACACCCACGAACAGGUCCCACCUAUGCUGUUCGUUUUUCCUCUGCUGGAUUUGCCCCCCUUCUUUCUUGUUCCUACUGUCUGCUCCUUCCUUCAUUUGUUUUACAAAUUUGCUCAGUGUGCAUAGACAUCUGGCAGUAUAUGAUUACAGCUACUUCGUGAACAAUUUUUGUUGUGUAAAUGAGCAAGGAAACAAGGUCUCGUCGGUUGGGGGUAAUGGUACCAUCAUAGGAUGCACAGUCCCAUUCAUGGGGUGAAUGAUACCAUGUAAAUGGGCAAGGAAACAAACUCUCAUCGGUUGGAGUAAUGGUAUGAUAUGAUGCACUGUCUCAUAUAUGAGCACUGACUCGGUUAGCAUAUUGCUGUCAACAGGGUUAAUAUUCAGCCUCAAUCCACUGGUCACGGAAUGUGCAAAAUUACAAUC